AUGGCCAACGCGUCGCAGUGCCUGGAGGAGGGCUCGGGGCGCUGGCCGCCGCCGGCCGGGCCGUACAGCGAGGCGCAGCGGCUGGCGCUGGAGGAGCUGGUGGCGGGCGGCCCCGAGUUGGAAGAUGGGAAAACUGUAGUAUUGGAAAUGAUUGCCCUGGUUAUGGAUUCCUUCACAGACACUGAUAUCUUCACAGACCUCUUGGAAGCCUGUAGCCAACGGCAAGUUAAAGUGUAUAUCCUUCUAGAUCAGUCUUCAUUUUCCCACUUUCUAAAAAUGUGCAAGGAUCUGGGAGUUGACCUUGAGCAGGAAAAGUUGAUGAGGGUUCGGAUUAUCACGGGGAGCACGUACUGCACCAGGUCGGGCACCAAAAUCAUUGGAAAAGUCCGUGAAAAGUUCAUGUUAAUUGAUGGCAUUAGAGUGACAACAGGCUCCUACAGUUUUACGUGGACAGAUGGGAAGCUGAACAGCAGUAACAUUUUGAUCCUGUCAGGCCCAGCAGUUGCACACUUUGAUGUGGAAUUUCGGAUUCUUCAUUCACGGUCAAAGCCUAUCAACCUCAAAGAGUUUUCUGGAUGCAAGAAGAACAGGGUGUGGGACCAGCUCUUCAGGAUAACAGUGGCGUCCAGAGACAUGACCAGGGAACACUUCCUGAGAAUGGAAUUUUUGUAUCUGAGAGCAUUUGUAGGAGAUCUGAAGAGGAAGAGGAGCUGGCUGCACGCCUCCAGGGAGGCUGUGUACACCCCAAAUAACACGAUGCACACCUCUCCCCCGCUGACUAAGAGGAAUGGCUCCCUGGUUAUGAGGCCACACUGGAUCAUAGAGAGAUGAAGUGCAUGUCCAUGCAGGGCAAGCAGCAGAACCUCAGGAACCACGUCCGUCCAUCCCUGUCCAGCACUGUCUUGCAGUGUGUUUGUGAGAGCAGCUGGCAAAGAAACCUCGGACUGAGAGAAAGUGAAACUGGAAUUGUGGCUGUUUGAAGAAUACUAUAAAGCCAUUAUUGACUUCUACUAUACUGUUAAAUUUCAUUUCUCAACCUGUUCAUGCAUGUUUUAAGCUGAUCGGUUGGCAGUGUCAUAGCUCAGUAGCUCAACCCUUUUUUUUUGGUUAAGAAAUCUAGGUAUUGAAAUUCAUAUUGCUUGAAAGUCUGUUCCAAGAUGAAAGCAGGCUCUGAAAUCAGUCUUGGUCUUGUACAAACUCUCCACCAACUGGUUCAUGACACAAACCAGGAGUAACCCUAAUCUAGAAGCCAGUAGGUCAGUACCACACUGCUACUCCUCCAGUGUUACAUUUUCUUCAUACGAAACUAUGCUGGCAGGCAGAACGAGCUAAUGUGUCAGCAAGCAAGGCUUUAGCAGUGACUGAAUUUCAAAUGCCUUUAUAUUAGAUUGUUUGGAUUGCUGGACAUCAUGCAAUAAAUGUGUGCAAGUGAUAGUAUUCUAAAGGACCCACUGUGUUUGUAGGAGAGCCAAAUGAGACCAAUUCCUUGGCAUUACCAGACAGGCUUUUUGUUAUCUUUGUGGCUGCUUCUGCUCUCUGGUGGGAAAAGCUCAGUAGAUCUGAAAUCUGUGAGGCUGGUGCCUCUUGACAAAGAGGCACCAGCUAAUUCCACCAAAAAUGCAAUGACACAGAAGUCAGGGACAGAACUAUCUUUAAGGUCUCUUGGAAGCUCAAUUUUUUAUUACUAUUUUUUAAUCCAUUCAUUUCUGGACGGAAAAAAAAUCACCCUCAAAUGAACAAACUAUCCUCCCAAAGAGCUGCACACUGAGAUCCUGCAGUUCCAGCAGCCUGCCAGUGCAGAUACUCAUUGGCCAAAACAAAGGUUUACCAUUUCUCAAUUGUUCUUGUGGCUCCUCUACUGCAAAAUACUCAGAUAUGUGCUUGUGGGUUCUGGGCUGCAGAGGGGAAGGGUCAAACUUGGCAGAGGAAUUUCAGCUAAACAGCAGCAAGGUGACAUUAGACUGGACAGAUGGAUCUUACAAAAAUGUACAUUGCAAAAAUGUACUGAUUAGUAUGCAACUAAUCUGGGCUUUCUUCUGCACUGACAGUCAUGGAAAUGUAAUCAUUCUGACUCUCCUAAUCUGUAAAUAUUCAGUAGUUUAUGGCUUCAUACUAUUAACUUCCAUCCAGAUGUAAGGAAGUUUGAAAUAUGUAUUUUUAUUCUUAGCUAUAUUUUCCAUAAAGGCAAACCCCAUACACUGUUGGACUCUAUGCAAAAUACUGUUUGUGCAGUCUUAUUUUCAUAAUAAUUAUCUGUAUAUAUUUUCUCAAGCAUAACUUCUCCACUUUGUUAUUAAUCUCAUUAUUUUAAUUGGCAGCUCUUUCCAUGUGGGAUUUUUUUCUCAACAAUUACUAAUAUAUUGAUGAUACAAAAUACUGCGAGCUGUGUUUAUUUUUGAUAGGGUGGACUUAGUAUCAAAAGUACAUUGAAACGUAUACUUAGAACUUUAAAUAACAUCAUAAUUAUAACUUAAUAACCUCUUUUACAUGUGGUUACUCAGCAUAACAAGUGACCAGGGAGGGUGGGUGUUGUGAGGUGCAGUUUGUGUUAAUCACCAUAACUGCACUGCUAGCGUGGGAAGUUAUAAGAAUACAAGAUGUGAU